AUGGAUCUUCUUUCGACCGUCCGCAAGUCGGGUUCCCGAGGUGGCGUCAACUUCAGCUGGGACGAUGUCGCCAGCUCAGCACACCGUGAGAACUACCUCGGCCACAGUUUGAAGGCACCGGUUGGUCGCUGGGCUAAGGGUCGGGAUCUCAACUGGUACGCCAAGGCAGAACCGUCAGCUGCGAACGCUGGGGAGACCGAGGAGGAGAAGGAAGCGCGCGAGCGCCGCGAAGAAAUCCGUAGGAUAAAGGAAGCAGAGGAGGAUGCCAUCAAUCGCGCAUUGGGGUUACCUAUCAUACCACGAACUACCAGCGGCGCCAAUGCUGUUGAGGUCCAAGACUCCAAAAUCCCAGAACGAACAGAGGAAGGUUCUGCUGCACAACCGGCAACAACACCGGCACCGAAAGAAGCACAAGCGACCGAAUUAAGAAGAGGCAGACACCGCGACUCAGAGAGACAUCACAAGCGGAGGCACAGGAGCAGGAGUCGUGAACGUGGUCAUGGCCGUGAAAGAGAGCAUGAUGGGGAGCGCCAUCGUGAUCGGGAUAGACAUCGCAGCCGCAGUCGUGACCGGAGACGUGAUGGGGCGGCGGACCGAGGAGAGAGAGAACAUCGUCCUAGCCGCAGAAGCCGGAGCCCGGAGCGUCGUUCACACCGUGAUGAGAGGGUGAAGGAUCAGGAUCAGGAUCGCAGCAGAGACCGUGGAAGACACCACCACCACAGGAGACGCAGUCAUAGUCCUGGUCGGAGCAGGAGCAGGGAAAGGAAAGCAAGGCAUGACCGACGAUGA